AUGGAGACCUUGGAGAUAACUGAACCAUGCUUUCCACAACUCCUCAACACCUCCUGUAGACAGGCAAUUCGUCCUCACUUUGAGGUCAUGCUGACUUAUAUUCUGCUGUCCUUCAUCUCUCUGGUCACUGCAGCUCUAAACCUGCUGGUCAUCAUCUCUAUCUCCCACUUCAAGCAACUUCAUACUCCUACCAACUUCCUCCUCCUCUCUCUGGCUAUCUCAGAUUUCUUUGUGGGCCUUCUCAUGAUAUUUCAAAUUAUGCUCAUCGAUGGCUGCUGGUUGCUUGGUGACCUCAUAUGUACUCUGUAUCAGUAUAUAGCAUAUAUUGUUACUUCUUCCUCAGUUGGAACCAUGGUACUCAUAUCUAUUGAUCGCUAUGUGGCUAUUUGUCAUCCUCUUCAUUACCCCAGGAAAGUCACUCUAAAAAGAGUUCAAGUCUGUGUCUGUCUGUGUUGGAUCUGUUCUGUGAUCUUUCAGAGUCUGGUUUUGAAGGAUAUCCUGGAACAGCCAGGCAGGUAUCAUUCCUGUGUUGGAGAGUGUAUAUUUUUUAUUAACUACAUUGCAGGAAUUGCAGAUCUUAUUUUAACAUUUAUUCUUUCCAUCACUGUUAUUGUUGUUUUGUACUUGAGAGUAUUUGUGGUGGCUGUGUCUCAGGCUCGGGCAAUACGCUCUCACGUUGAAGCUGUCACACUGCAGCAAUCAACAAGAUUAACUGCCAAAAGAUCUGAAAUGAAAGCAGCCAGGACUCUUGGUAUUGUCGUGAUUGUCUUUCUGAUAUGUCUCUACCCAUAUUACUGUGUCGCUCUAACAGGCCAAGAUAACCUGCUCAAUGCAUCAUCUGCUGCUGUUGUUAUAUGCUUGGUAUAUUUUAACUCCUGUCUUAACCCUGUGAUCUAUGCCUUUUUUUACCCUUGGUUUAGAAAAUCAAUAAGACUCAUUGUCACACUGAAGAUGCUGCAGCCUAACUCGUGUAAUGCUCAAGUCCUGUAGAGGACAAUAAGUCAAGUAAAUCAAACUUCAAAUUUUAGAUACCAAACAUUUAUUUUCUGCAUUGUGCUUCAAUUUAAUUCAUCAAUGUGUGUCCUCUUCGCACUGUGAUAUAAUAUGAAUCCAGUCUUGUGUUCUGUGUUGCUUAUUUUGACUUUUUUUGUGUGUGGAUUUAUACACAUGCAGACUUGAAUAGUUAUUGUGUUUCUGCUUUACUUUAGCUCUCCAUACUUUCUCUAGCUGUAUAAAAGCAUUUUAUGUAUAUUUCAUAAGUAGUUUUGAAUGACAUUAUGGGAUUGUAAUGAGAUCAAAUAUGUGACACAUGGUCAUGCAGUAAAGAAUUUACCUUAUUUUUGUUUUACUGGAAUCUUGAUUUUGAUAAAUAGAAGGGUUGGGACAAAACGGCCUAAUGAGAGAGAGAGAA